AUGAUGAACGUGGUGCCGCCGCAGUGGCGCGACCCAAUGCAGUGGGGCUUCAUGUGCGCCGCGUCGUUCGUGCGGGCCAUCAGCUGCUUCAUGCGCUAUGCGGGCACCUUCUGCGUAGCCAUUGGUAUGACUCUGAUCUUCCUGGUGGGCGGACUCUUCAUGCACGCCAUCAUCCCAAUUAUGGCGGAAUCUACUGUGCAGUUGGUAUGUCAUUUGAUAAUUGCCAUGGUGCUGCUUUUCAAUAUCUACUUUAACUACGCACUGUGCUGCGCGACGGACCCGGGAAUUAUUACGGCCAAGUGGAAAUCAGCGGCGGAAAUUUACGAUGCCGCAACAGGUCGCCUUCCGCGAAUACGACCCAGCGCUGUCACUCCAGACGGAAAGAAUGGGAGCAGCUGGGUACAGCUGCCACGCGUGCAGCUUAUUGAUCCACAGAGUGUCGCGAGACAACGUGGAGUUGAGGAAGGCAUUUCGUACUGCAGAAGAUGCCGACACUUUCGACCGCGACGCGCACACCACUGCUCGGUGUGCAAUAGAUGCAUUGCGCACUUGGACCACCACUGUCCAUGGGUGAAUAACUGCAUCGGACGGGACAAUUAUCGGUAUUUCUUUUCGUUCCUGCUGUGGCUAGCCGUGGGGUGCUACUACGCUGCCUACAUGAGCUAUAGGGCAGUCUACACUGAUCUCAGUCGCGAACAAUACGCUCGAAUGCUUGUGCUUGCCCAAGUGAGGUCUUUCAACAUCUCGGCGUCGAACACGCUGCAGUUCGUUUUUGCGAUCUCUGCGUCCGCAGGCCUGGCUGUAUCAAUUCUUGCAACGUGGCAUGUCUUCCUCAUCACCACCGCACAGACCUCAGUGGAGCUGCAGAUCAAUCGCCAUCCGCGCAACCGGCGUCUUCAUGGCGGAAAAGUGGUCAGUCCGUAUUCGACUGGCAGCGUCCACGGCAACUGGGAACUUGUGUUCGGCAGGUGCAAGUACAAGGUUUUAUCUCUCAUGCCGAGUACGCGGUUGCCUCCGAAUCCUCGAACGCUCAACAAGAAGAAGAAAAGAGCCAUCAGCGAAGACGUCGAGUUGGUCAACGCAGGUUCAUUGGACGCCAUAGUAUAA